AUAUGAUUAGUUCUAUAGUGUUUAUUAAUCAUAAGGGAGAAAUCCUUGUUUAUAGAGUUUACAAGGAUGACAUAACAAGAAGUGAGACUACUCAAUUUUGCGCUAAAAUUGUGGCCACUAAAGAAAAUAAAGAAUGCCCAAUUAUCAAUAUUGAUGGUAAGAAAUAAUAUUUAAAAAACACAGGGACGUCAUUUAUCCAUAUUACUAUAAAAGACAUUGUAGUGUUAGCGACAACAAAAGUAAAUGUAAAUGUAGCUAUGACCUUGCAAUUUCUUUAUUAAUUAGUACAAUGAAAAUAUUAAAUCUAGGUUAAAGUGUGCAGAGCCUACUUUGGUGGUGAGUUUGAUGAGAAUUGUAUAAAGAAACACUUUGUGCUUAUCUAUGAGCUACUGGAUGAAGUGAUGGAUUAUGGUGUUCCGUAAAUAGCGGAUGCAGAUCUUUUGAAAAAAGUAUCUAACUAUUCCUAGAAUUUAAUAGUACAUUUAAGAAGGAGGAUUAAAGCCAGAGUUGAUGAAUGAUGUGGAGAAAUUGAAAUAAUUAACGUCCUAAGCAACAGGAGCCACUUCUUGGAGACCACAAAAUAUUGUAUAUAGAAAGAACGAAGUGUAUUUAGAUGUCAUAGAGAGUGUGAAUGUGUUGAUGUCAGUAAAGGGGACAAUCCUGAAGGCUGAUGUGGCUGGAUCGAUUCAGAUGAAAUGCUUAUUGUCUGGAAUGCCAGAAUGCAAAUUUGGAAUGAACGAUAAAUUGCUAAUGUAGAGAGAGCCACGUAAACCUGGUCAAACAACAACUGAUAAAGGCAUAACUAUUGAUGAUCUCAAAUUUCAUCAAUGUGUUAAAUUACCAAAAUUUGAUAAGGAAAGAGCAAUAACAUUUAUUCCUCCUGAUGGCCAAUUUGAGUUGAUGACCUAUAGGAUCACUGAAAAUAUUAAUUUACCUUUCAAAAUCAUGCCAGUGUACAAUGAAUUAGGGAAGAACAAAUUAGAAAUUAGAGUCAAAGUAUCAUUGUUUAUGAAUAUUCAAGAUUAAAUCAAUUUUUGAAAAGAAUCUAUUUGGUACAAAUCUAGCUAUUAAAAUUCCAGUGCCCAAGAACACAGCAAAUGUUAGUACCAAUUCUGCAAUUGGAAAAGCCAAGCAUGAGCCAGAAUAAUAAGGAGUGAUUUGGAGGAUUAAGAAAUACCCUGGAGAUUUCGAAGCUUUAUUACGUUGCGAAAUUGACUUAGGAUCAACAACAAAUCAAUAACCUUGGAUCAAACCACCCAUUUCAAUAGAGUUUUAAGUGCCUAUGUUCACAGCAAGUGGAUUAAGAGUAAGAUUCUUAAGAGUUUAUGAAAAAUCUGGAUACAAACCAACCAAAUGGAUUAGAUACAUCACAAAGGCUGGAGAGUAUUUACAUAGAUUGUGAUAAUACAAUAAUCGAAAAUA